AAAGCAACAUGGACCUGGAGAGCCAGUGCAAUGUACUGGCCAAAGCAGCCACUGGGUAGAAUUCCCAGCCAGUACGCCAUCUCCAUGCAUCCACAGGAGUCAAGUUGGGGAAGGCUAGUCACAGUGUAGACAAGGAUGGGGGAGAUCUGAGUUGAAACCCCAUUCACCCAUGAAGUCAUACAGGCCUUUCCACUUCACAAAGCUAAUGCAACUACUUUUUUUUUUUGCUGCCCUUUCUUCCUCACCAAUUCUGUUUUUCCCUCUUCUGGUAUCUGUUUGCUCGUCUGAUCUCCUUAUGCAAGUGUCCCACUGGGAAGAUGGAGGCAAGCUACAAGCAGGAACAGGCUAAUAAUCUCAAUGAUCAAAGGGCUAAUCAUGUUGUUGUUCUUAAACACAACCCAAGCUUGGAUCUGCACGCUCUGUCCUUGUAAGACUCUUGAUUCCUGGGGAUGGGCAGCAAACUGCAAUUUGAUGGACCUCAAGGAGAUGCCGCUCCUGAACUCAAGCAUCAAAAUUCUUCAUCUGCAAAACAACAAUUUGACCACUGUUCCUCUUGGUGCUCUUGAUAACUUGACGAGCUUGGAGGAAAUUAAUUUUUCCAACAAUCCUUGGCACUGUGACUGCUCUAUUUUAUACCUCAAGGAGUGGCUAGCAGACUUUAAUAAAAGUGCUCUUGCAACGGCUACCUGUGCAACUCCAGCUUCUCUAAAUAGGAAAGCCUUGAACCAGCUGAAAGGGAACGAACUGGAGGGGUGUAGGAAAACGCUGCCAAUCAGUUGCCGUGAUUUUUUUUGGAGGGACUUUGGUCUGAUUUUUUUGGCAAUCAUUGUCUUAAUUUUAGCAGCAUGCAUUUUGCAAUGUUCAAAACAGUUAGUUUUCCAAGCCAGUAGAAAGCAGCAUUCUUCUGAAGUCCCUCUGCUACGGUUCCAUGACCUUGAAAAUAGGAAGUCCAAAUGAAAUGCUGCAGUGGGCAAGAAGAUGCUAUAAGAAUAAAACCACCCAUGUAAAGUUGUAUUUUGUGAACUGAAAGUAUCUAUAAUCACAAACAAAGGUCUCUUUUGGUGAAGAUGUCACACUUUCCCCUACACACACUUUUCCAUGUAUGUAUGUCAGUAAUCACUAUCGUUGCUAUUAAACCAAUAAUUCUGAUAGAUGUAUAAGUUGUUUUGCUAUGUAAUUGUACUAUCCUUAUUAAUGCUCCCAUAUGCAUAAUUGAAAUGUACUUCCAUGCAUCACAGGUUCUGUUGCUAUGGCAUCCAGUCACUCAGCCAUAUAAUCAUUCGCAAAGAGAAUAAA